AUGUACUUUAAACACCUCCUGCAAGCAGCCAAGGACACUCACCAAAAUAUGAUACGCGUUUGGGGUGGUGGCAUCUAUGAGUCCGAAUAUUUCUAUGAAAUGGCCGAUUCGUUGGGCAUAAUGAUAUGGCAGGAUAUGAUGUUUGCGUGUGCCAUGUAUCCCGUUACAGAUUCAUUUUUGGCCUCCGUACGUAAAGAGGUUAUACAAAAUGCUCAACGUAUUGCCCAUCAUCCAAGUAUUGCGAUAUUUGCGACAAAUAAUGAAAAUGAGGUGGCCAUUGCACAAAAUUGGUAUGGCACAGUGGAGGAACGUUUUAAGACUGAAUAUCGGCAAUUGUAUAUAGCUACGGUAAUACAUGAACUAAAGGCAUUGGAACAUGCAACACGACCAUUGCCUUUGGUCUCGUCACCAUCCAAUGGCAAAGAAUCGGCGAGAGAUAAUUAUAUAUCGGCAAAUCCUCAAGAUCCCAAUUAUGGAGAUGUCCAUUUCUAUGACAUUUUCAAGGAUGGUUGGAAUCCCUCCAUAUAUCCCCGCCCUAGAUUUGCAUCGGAAUACGGGUUUCAAAGUUUACCCUCCUUGCAGACAUGGCAGCGCACACUGGGUCCGGAGGAUAAUCUUGCCGAUUUAAUAGAACAUCGUCAACAUCAUCCACUGGGCAUGAUGGCCAUAACACCUUUGGUGCGAAUUCAUUUUCCUCUGCCGCUGCCAGAGGAUGCCAAUUAUUUGGAGGCUUUGGUAUAUUUUAGUCAAAUCUCACAGGCUAUGGCCACGAAAACCGAAACAGAGUUGUAUCGCAGUCUACGCGAUACCGAACAUCGAACAAUGGGUGCAUUGUAUUGGCAGCUGAAUGAUGUCUGGGUUGCGCCGUCAUGGUCAGCCAUUGAUUACUAUGGAAAUUAUAAGCUGCUGCACUAUUGGUCUAAGGAAUUUCUGGCGCCCAUUGCCAUAACCGCCUUGUAUGAGAGUAAAAUUCGAUCCCUGAAUGUCUCUCUGAUAUGCGAUCUAUUCGAAAUAAAUACCGACGGCCUGCAGGUCUCAAUGAAUAUUUACAAAUGGUCUCAACUGUUUCCAAAGAAUACGACAACAUGGCCUGUAACGAUGGUACCAAAUGGCGUUCACUACGACAAGGUAAUACCCGUCGAUGACAUCUUUCAGGGAGAGUUUACCAACUACAACAGCUUUGUAGAAUUUGUGCUGCAACGAAAUAACAUGGCAUUGGCCCGUACAUUUUAUUUCCCUGCCUCGUUUAGCAGUGUUCAGGCUAUCAAAGAUCCUCAGAUACAAAUUCUCAUUUCCAAUGUUUUCUGCAGUUCCCAAGUCAAUGUCAAAAUGAACAGCUACAGUCUGACACUGAACGCCAAAUAUCCGGCAAUAUUUGUCUACAUAGAAUUAAUAUUGGAAAAACACCCCGACAUUAAACAUUAUAAAUUUUCGAAAAAUGGUUUUAUGAUGACUUCAUCGAGUUGUGUUCUACAUCUGGAAUUUGAGGCAAAGGAAUGCGUUCGACUGAAUGCCAAAGAUUUUAAAAUAAUGACAGUUAAUCAGUUUAUGAAGCUUUAAAUUGGUUGCCACCAAGCAAAAAAAAAAUAAGUUAAUAAGUUAAGAACUUUGUGAAACUUGAAUAUCGAACAAAAUAUAUUUUACUAUAAGGAAUUUAUAUAUCUAUAAA